AUGCAGAAAAGACGUCAAAUUUCCGAUGAACACAUCAUGGUUUAUUUCCAAGAGAAGGCACGGUUAUGCCGUGGGCUGUCCUUAUCGUUCGACGAAACACGUGAUUACAUCAUUCAAGGGAUCUACCACAAAGAAUUAGCCAUGUACGUGCUGGGUAAGAAUCACGUUGAUGAAGAAGGGCUGAUGAGUGACCUGUUGGAUUGGACUCGUAUGAACGCAAAACGUACGGAGACCAAGCACGAAAAGGAGCAAAAGAGCCGUCCAACUGCAAAGGUGAGCGCAAAAGGUGGCUCAGAGUCAGGAAGUCACGCUUCUGGUUCGACGGGAAAGUGGGUCACGAAGACACCAAAACCUGAAGUGAAUGACAAAUCUAGUACUGAUACAGACGAAAUGGCGGAAACGGACAAAAGCAAGUGUUAUGUCUGCCGAAAAGUUGGUCAUUGGGCAAGAGACUGUAGGUGGAAAAAAAAGAGUAAGUGCUUUGCUUGUGGAGCUGAAGGACAUUUCGCGCGUGACUGCACGUCACGACCAACUGUCAAUAAUGUGAUGAUGAUGAAAGAAACAACAAACCCCUACCUCAAGCGUGGAAAGGUUAACGGCAUCGAAAUGACAGUACUACUGGACACUGGAAGCUAUUAUACCUUGAUGAGAUUCGGUAUGGCAUCCCGAUGCGAGUUAGAGUUAAGGAGAACCAAGAAAUUGUUAUACGGACUAGGCAGUGUCUCAGUGCCGUCAGUGAGUGCUGUAGGGAAGGUGAACACCAAGAUUACGGUAGAUAAUGUCGAGGCUGGUCCGGUCAAGGUAUUGGUAGUACCUGAUAACGUACAGCGGUACGACAUGAUUAUUGGUCACGACUGGUUAGACCUAGAUGAGGUUACUCACAAGAAGGAAGAGGGAAAGCUCAUUCUGUGCAAAUCAAAGGACGAUAUAGGACUGGGAGAUGUGUCGGUCGUAACCACGGAUAAUGAAAUGGACAUACUACAAGUGCUAUCACUGCCAGGUCAUAGACGUAGAGAUCUAAGGACUGAGGAUUUCAAGUAUGUUAACGCCGAUGUAUCCAUUGAAGAGCAGACAGAGCUGCUGUCGUUGAUAAACGAGUAUCGCGAUUGUUUUGCUCUGGGUAUUGAGGAGUUGGGAUGCACGACAAUGAUGACGAUGGAUAUUAACGAGACUGAACGGAGUGCACCCGUGACUAGCCGACCAUACAAAACCACAGCUGCCGAUCGAGAAGCUAUAGCUAAAAUAAUCGGGGAAUGGAAACGACAUGGUGUAGUGGUGGAGACUGACUCGCCUUAUGCUAGUCCAGUGAUCUUGGUGAAGCAAGGCGAUAAAAACAGAUUAUGUGUGGAUUACAGGAAGCUAAACAAGCAGAUAAUAAGACACAAUUUUCCAUUACCUGAUCUGCAGGAACAAGUUGAGUCACUGAGAGCGGGACGUUAUUUUACGCAGUUGGACCUAGCGAGCGGUUAUCUGCAAGUGCCCCUGUCUGAAGCUGCUCAAGAAAAGACGGCCUUCAUCACGCCUGAUGACACUGGCCAAUUUACAAGAAUGCCUUUCGGGUUGGCGGGAGCCCCCGGAGAGUUCACACGGCUGAUGAGGAAGGUGCUGGGCAGUCUCAAGGACAGAGUAGUCAAAAACUAUUUGGACGACUGGGUAGUAGAUGCUGAAAACUGGUCGGAUAUGCUGGUGAAAGUAAGAAUGGUCCUAGACAAAUUGAGAAUCGCAAAUCUUACACUAAAGCCAUCUAAGUGUUCAUUUGGGGCAAAGAGAAUUGAGUUUUUGGGAUUUAUCAUAGGUGGAGGUCAGAUCAGUCCAGGUACAAUAAAGAGUGAAGCCAUUGAAAAGUUCCCGGUCCCAAAAGAUGUCCACGGUGUGCGCAGAUUUCUGGGCCUCACUGGAUUUUUCAGACGUUUUGUUCAGAAUUAUGCUACCCUGGCGGAACCUCUAUCGAGGCUGACAAAAAAGGACGUAGUGUUCGAGUGGUCAACUAUGCAAGAAAGUGCAUUCAAUAAAAUGAAGAGAGUGUUUGCCGAUAAACCCGUAUUUUGUAUGUUUGACCCAAAAGCAGAGGUCACCGAGGUCCAUACAGAUGCAAGUUCCGUGGGGCUCGGGGCAAUGCUACUGCAAGGCAAAGAAAAAGGGUCACCACUACAAAUAGUAUAUUGCAUAAGUAAGAAGUUGGGCACUGCGGAGUCGCACUAUCAAGUUGGAGCUAAUGAGUAUAGUGUGGGCAGUGGAUAG